GCAGGUCGUAUACUCCUACAUUAUUAUGAUCUUUAGAUAUAUACUAAGAUUUACCAUUAAGACUCUCUCUUUUUUUUUUUUUGUCUUUUGUCCAUCCCAAGCCUUCAUUCCCUGAUGCCCUCCGUCACUCGGUGAGCUCCUUCUUUGAAGAAAAAGGAAAUAAAGGAAGAAAGUCUUUGCCGACACUCGUUCUCUGUCUGGAGGCAAGCAUCUGAAUCUCUCGGUUUUCUUAAUCAUAGGAGGAGCUGUCAUCACGGGCUUAGAGAGCGAGAGAAAGAGGGGUGGGGGUGGGGUUCUGAUGGGAGGGCUACGAGAGAGGCGGCUUCUCUCCGAUCCCGCAAGACCAACGCAUCUUUCCAUGGCGGCAUUGGCAGGGAUCGCGGUUCUUGCGGUUCUUUUUGGCUCGCCGGCGGCGGUGGUGGAAUCGGCCACCGACCCCUCCGAUGUUCAAGCUCUUGGAGUGCUGUAUAGCGCCUUAAAUAGCCCUCCACAUCUGUUCGGGUGGACAUCGAGUGGCGGUGAUCCCUGUAGAGAUUCUUGGAAGGGGAUAACUUGUUCUGGUUCAGCUGUCACUGCCAUCCAGGUUUCUGGGUUGGGGCUGAAUGGAACUCUGGGGUACCUCCUUUCAUAUCUCUUGUCUUUGAAAACACUGGAUAUGAGCAACAACAACAUACAUGAGGGGAUUCCAUAUCAGUUGCCGCCAAACCUUACCUAUCUGAAUCUUGCAAACAAUAAUCUUUCUGGGAACCUUCCUUACUCCAUUUAUACAAUGGUUUCCCUUAAUUACCUCAAUCUCAGCCACAACUCAUUAUCUCAACAAAUUGGGGACAUCUUUGAAAACCUUCAAGACCUCUCUGAGUUGGAUUUGUCAUUCAAUAACUUGACAGGAGAUCUUCCAAAUUCUCUGAGCUCUUUGUCAAAUCUUUCUAGUCUUUAUUUGCAAGAGAACCAAUUAACUGGCCCGUUGAAUCUUCUUGCGAACCUAGAUUUGACUACUCUCAAUAUUGCAGACAACAAUUUCAGUGGUUGGAUACCACAGGAAUUCAGUUCAAUUCCAAAUCUUAUUGCUGGAGGAAACUCAUUUGCUAAUGGUCCUGCUCCACCACCACCGCCGUAUGUGCCACCUCCUAGUAGACCUCAUAAUCGUAAUCAUACUGAGGCACCUACAGAUACACCACAGGGACCUGAGAGCAAACCAUUCCAUCCAGAUAAUAAGAAUAACAAGAAGAGUUUGACGGCAGGUUCAGUCACAGGGAUAGUUAUCGGCUCAACACUUGGUGCUUUAUGUAUAGUACUAGCUGUUAUUUUUUGCAUUUGGAAUCUUCCAAAGAAAAAGGAUGACACUAGAAAGAAUGCAAGCCCUUCUUUAGCAUCUGCUACGAUUGGUGCAGAUAGAGCAACUGACAAGGAGAUGCAAGAGCAGAGGCUUAAAACUGCUUCAGUGACAAGUCUGAAACCCCUACCACCUGAGAAAAUGAUGGUUGAGAAAGUAUAUGGGAAAAAUGGAUCUGGAAAAAGACCAAAAGUCCCUAUAACUGCAAGUUCCCAUACCGUUGCUUCGCUCCAACUUGCAACGAACAGCUUUAGUCAGGAUUCCCUUGUCGGUGAAGGUUCCCUUGGUCGGGUUUACAGGGCAGAAUUUUCUAAUGGAAAGGUUUUUGCUAUUAAGAAGAUCGAUAGUGCAGCACUGUCCUUACAGGAGGAAGAUAAUUUUCUUGAGGCUGUUUCAAAUAUGUCACGACUUAGGCACCCAAACAUUGUGUCACUUGUAGGCUACUGUGUUGAACAUGGCCAACGGCUUUUGGUAUAUGAGUAUAUUGGAAAUGGAACACUGCAUGAUAUGUUGCACUAUGCUGAUGAUAGCGGCAACAAGCUAACCUGGAAUGCACGCAUGAGAGUGGCACUUGGCACAGCUAGGGCUCUAGAGUAUCUACAUGAAGUUUGCUUGCCUUCACUUGUACAUAGAAACUUCAAGUCAGCAAAUAUCCUACUUGAUGAAGAGCUGAAUCCUCACUUAUCAGACUGCGGUCUGGCUGCAUUGACACCCAAUACUGAAAGGCAGGUUUCAACUGAAGUGGUUGGUUCAUUUGGUUAUAGUGCUCCUGAGUUUGCAAUGUCUGGAGUUUAUACUGUAAAGAGUGAUGUAUAUAGCUUUGGCAUAGUGAUGUUAGAGUUGUUGACAGGUCGGAAACCAUUGGACAGUUCUAGAGAAAGAUCAGAACAGUCUCUAGUCAGAUGGGCCACUCCACAACUUCAUGAUAUUGAUGCAUUGGCAAAAAUGGUUGAUCCAGCGUUAAACGGAAUGUACCCUGCGAAGUCGCUUUCACGUUUUGCUGACAUCAUUGCACUAUGUGUUCAGCCUGAGCCAGAGUUCCGCCCUCCCAUAUCUGAAGUUGUCCAACAACUGGUUCGGUUAAUGCAAAGGGCGAGCAUGGUAAGAAGAAGCUCUGGAGACGAGCUUGGAUAUUCCUAUAGGGUACCAGAGCAUGAAGUUAGUAUGACGGAUUUGUCUUUUUAGAUUGAUACUCUUGCUGCCAGUAUACAGUUCCAUUGGGUUGCAUGAGCCGAGGGAGCGCUGAAACAGAAUCCAGUAGUCCAAUUGCAUGUCCGGUACAGCAGAUCCUGCGCCUGGGAAAUCCAGUGGUUGAAGGCUUCUCAGGGCAUGGAAGAGUAAUCAAGGCUAUUUUUCAUUUUGUACGCUAAAAUAUGUUUUCCCUAUUACGAUCAAUUUUCUAUGCUUCUAUAUCUAGAUGGGUCUAUAUGCAUUCCAUGUACACGUGUUGCAGCAAAAUAAUUUUUUAAUAAAAAAAAUGAGCAUCGAAAGUUUUUUCCUCUUUCA